AUGGCCCCCCAAUUCACAGAAGCCGAAUAUAACCACCUCGCUCGAGGACCGGGUUCGGCUCGCCCAAGGGGCCAUCUCGCAGGCCAUCUCAGAGCUGGACAGCACAACCUCGAUGUUUCCCGAUCCCGGUUCGUGUUUCCGCGCGUGCCAGCGCUUUCAUUGUCGGAGGGGCUCAUUAGCAGUUUAGUGGACACCUAUGGUUUUUCUGGCGCUCUUUACUCCCUGCUCGCCGAGUUUGACCAGCUCACAAACCGGUCGCAAUACGCUGUCGAUCUUGUGGGGUACUUUGGCGCGGCGAGCGUGGUGACGGCGGUAAACUACUCGGGCCUUUAUGUGCUCAAUAAUGGCCUGAACUUUGGACACGGUGCUGUCGUCGCAUAUAAGACAUAUAACAACUCGCUGUUCCUCCAAUUCGCUGUCGACGCGUGGUCGGCGGUGGUGCCCUACACACUCACGCAGGCGGAGCUCGAUGCAGGCAAGACAUCGAACAAGAAUUUCACGUUGAGCUCUGACUGUCAAGCGGUUAGCAUGGCGGGCGGAACAUUCUGGAGCACGGACCCUGCCGAUCCUCAGCUUGUUGUUCUCGCAACAGGUAGUUUCUUCGUCCUUUCUGCUUUGUUAGCAGAAGCGACCGCAGACCCGAAGUAUCUGUCUGCGGCAGUCCAGGCUGUGUCCUUCAUCCGUUCCCACCUGUGCAACAACGGGGACGUCGUGCUCGACGGGCUGUCGGUGAACACGAAUGACAAGUGUGCAUUGAACACUGCGGGCCGCCUGCCUUAUAAUUCUGGUCUCGUAAUCGAAGGACUGGCCGUGCUGUACUCGAUUUCACGCAACACUACUUAUCGCGACAUGCUUGAUGACCUUAUCACUGCCUCGCUGACAACGACUGUCUGGCAAAAUGACACGGGAAUCAUCCAGUGGGGACCUACCAAAAACGGCGACGGAUCGAUUCCUCGUGGGCUGGUGGCUGCGCACCUGCGUAACGCAAUGAGCCCGUCCUUGACGCCGUCAAUUCUCGCAUACCUCGCUGUUCAGUACAACGCUGUCGCCGACCUCGCGAAACAGAUCGGCGGCCAUAUCUACAGUGCCUCGUGGAUUGGGCCUCCAGGUACCACGUUCGACGCGGGUUCCCAGAUCAACGCGAUCCAGGCGUUGAUCAGCUCGCUCGCUCUCGACAACACUGUUUCGAGCUCGACCUCGUUCUCGUUCUCGCUCGCACCCGCACCAACGGUAACGAGCUCUGUCUCCCCCCGGGCCCGUCCAUCCUCGGAGAAAGCAAAGCAGUCUGUCGGCGGCAUUGUCGGCAUCGUUCUCGGCGCGCUCGUUGUUCUAACCUCGAUGUGCGCGCUGCUAUUGUGCUGGAGUCGGAAAAGGAGAGAUAAGAGGCUGAUGACGCCUUUUGUUGAGGCGCCGAGUUCCGCUCUUCAAGUUGAUAUGAGAGAUCAUGAUAGGCACCGCCCUGCCCCCCACAACUCCAAGCAACGGGGUGGUAUGGCACAAGACAGCAAUUUGCCCGUGAAGAGGGCCUCCAGCAGCAAGGUUUGGACAGGUCCGCCACCGACCCUGGCACAGGUCAACGGCGCGGGACGACAAGCAGCACCAUCGUUCACCCCCGAUCAAGGUGUGUUGGGCGUUGCCUCGGAGGAGCGGACGAGAGAGGAAUUGACGGGGAUACUGAGCAGUAGGAUGAGUGGCGGCAGCGCUGGGGGGUUUCGAGGAGACCUUACCAGAAUAUCGUACCGUGUAUGGAGGAUGAAUCGAUGUUAUUGCUUUGUAGGCGGCGCGACCUGGACCAUCUGCGGGAAUGAUUCUGCUGUUGAGUGA